UCCAUUUUACUUAGAAAGAUUGUGUAAAUCCGCUAUCAGAUGCUGGAAAUGUUACAAGUCACAUGUUUAGACACACAUCUUGAACAACCGGCGGAAAGCAGGUUUGAGCUUCCAGUUUGUGUUUGCUUUACAGUGUAGGUCAGGGCUCUUUAACUGUAAAAUAAAUCCUCAGUACUAUAUAAUCAAACUUUAAAUAAUAACACUCCCAUUAAUUAAAUGUGUACUGUAAUAUUUACUGGAGUCAUGGUGCUUUUUUAUUCCUGAGCAUGCAACUCACACAGCACAUUUUUAUUAAAAACUAUUAUUAAAUUGAAAUCCAUUUAAAUGGACUUGAUUACUUAUAAAUAUAGAUUAUUUAUUUGCUUUCAUUCAAUUCAAGUGACCAGUGAGAUAGACUAUUAGAAGUCAGUAAUAAAUACAGUAACUUUGAUCAUACUUGGUUCAGGGUUGUGAUUUCCAUCACUGUAACAAAAUGACAAACAAACAAACAAACAAAUAAAAACCAACCAGAGCUGGCUGUCUCUGCUUCGUUUGUCCUUCCGAAUCGAUUCUUCUGAAUCAUUUAAAACGAGUCAGCGUGAAUGAAUCACUCAUCACUACCGAAUCAAAAUAUUGACGGCGGCAGUGACGUAGCAUCAUCUGGAAAACAUGAAUUUACUCUCUUAAGCUGUUUCUUUGGAUUUAUCCGAACAGGCCCAGCUACAGCACCCAGGCAGUUUGUUGAAGCAUCUUCACAGCCAGGCCUUGUUGUUGUUGUGACAGGAGCCUGCCUUUGCCAUGACUCAGCCCGAGCACCUCAGCCCAUCUAUGAUGGCCUUGUCUGAAUUCAUGGUGCAAAGAAAACUUCUCGGAUUUGGUGUACUCCUGGCUUGGGUGGUCCUCUUCCAUUUACUGGUCAAUGUUUGGCUCCUCUGUGUGUUCACCAGCCUCUUAGUAGUUGUAGGUGGGUGGCUUGGCUCUCAGGCUCUCCUCGAGUCUGAAAGUGUCAUCCACCUUGAGCGUUUCAUCACGCUGGACGAGAUCCGGUCUUCUCCAGACAGCGAGAUGCAUCUAGACCAAGAGAUCCAGAACACAGUUUGUAAGAUCAUCCGAGACUUUGUCUCUUCAUGGUAUAACACAGUUUCCACAGAACGUGAGUUUGAGGAUGAGAUCCAUAACUCCAUGAUUUCGAUGGCAAUGGAGCUUAAGCUUCGGGCAAAGAAAGUGGACAGGAAAGCUUUAACUCUGAGGAUAUUAGAUCUUUGCGGAUGCCAUCUUCAGAGCUACACAAAAGCUAAAGAAAUCAUGGCUGAAAAAGUAGGCAGAGACCAAAGUGUGAGUCUCUGGCAGGCAUACAGCAAGUCUUGCGUACCUCACCCAGCUCUUCAGAGUUCUGCCGUAGAAGUGAAUUAUGCACGUGCAAUUGUGGAUUUGCUUUUACAUGUUCUUGUCCCUCCAACACAGCUUGAAACCAGAACAGGGAGAUUUGUAGUGUGUGAGCUUAUAACGUGCAAUGUUCUUUUGCCUUUAAUUGCGAAAUUGUCUGAUCCAGACUGGUUAAACAUGGUGAUUGUGGAUGUGUUUACGAGGUCCAAAAAUCCACAAACCAAACCAACUGAGUCAGAGAAAAUGACAUCUCUUCCAACGAUGGUUUUAAAUGAAGAAAAAUCACAGGAUGUUGCAGUUCCAUCUUCUCUAACCUUGAAGGUCAAGUCUGACACUCCCAGUGUGACUGACGCACCAACACCUGAACUGAUAAGUUUAGACGUUAUUGACUCUGCAGAUCUUUACUGUCCACAGAACCAAGAGGAUGAAGGACCAAGACAGUCAUUUUCUUCAGAGCAUCCAGGUUUCAGUUCAAAGGAUUAUUUGCGAAUUGGGAAAUCUAAUCCCUUCUAUCAAGAAACAGACUCUGAUUUGGAGUCUCCUCUAAACGAUUUCAAAAGGAGCUCCCUGGAAUCACUGGUUCUGAUAGGUACAGAAGAAGAAACAUCAGAGCCGGUUACAGAAUGUCCCACGCUUGCAGAAGGAAUACUGGACACAAAAGACGAGUUCCAUGUCUAUUCUAAUGCACCUAAGGUCGUGGUUUCGGAGAUACAAGAACAACCUUCUGAUAGCACUGAUGAACUGUCUUCAAGCUUUUGUGCUCUUCCAGAACUUGAAAAGGGUACCACGAAAGCAGAAAUCACUGGCGUGGAGACAUCGGGGGUCGUGAACGCCAACGAGCUGACUCUGUCAGAACCUCUCCAAGCCUCCUCACCUUCAGCCGGAUCCAUGCCGCUCUCUCCAUUCACAUUCGAACCCCUCAGUAGUCCUGAAGGCCCUGUCGUUAUUCAGAACCUUCGUAUCACGGGCACCAUCACAGCUAAGGAACAUCGAGGCACGGGCUCUCAUCCCUACACACUCUACACUGUGAAGUACGAAACAGCUGUGGACUCGGAGAAUCCAGGCACGUUGCAGCCAGUAGCUUAUCACAUGGUCAAUCGGCGCUAUAGUGAAUUCCUGAAUCUGCAGACCCGGUUAGAGGAGAAACCUGAAUUACGCAAAAUUCUCAAACAUGUUAAAGGACCUAAGAAAAUCUUUCCUGACCUCCCUUUUGGAAACAUGGACAGUGACAGAGUUGAGGCCAGAAAAAGUUUAUUGGAAACGUUCCUUAAGCAACUUUGUGCAGUACCUGAAACUGCCAACAGCGAAGAAAUGCAAGAGUUUCUUGCCCUUAACACUGAUGCGAGGAUUGCUUUUGUAAAGAAGCCGUUCAUCGUCUCACGAAUAGACAAGAUUGUAGUGAAUGCUAUAGUCGAUACGCUAAAGACAGCCUUCCCUCGCUCAGAGCCGCAAAGCCCCACAGAUGAAGUGGAUGCUGAGCCUGAUGGGAAAUUAUCUUCAGACAGGAAGAGCAAGUCCAGGAUGCGAUUCUCCAGUAAAAUUGCUCCUGCUCUUAAUGUGUCUGACAUGAAACCCAAAGUGCUUUACUGCUUUGAUGAGGGGCGCACCGUUUUCAGUGGCCUCACCAUGAAUAGUCUAGAGAGUUUCAUCUUGGAGCGGGAGCGUCUUGUGAGUAAACCACCACUACGAGAUGCAGAUGGAGAGCGGGAUGUCAGCCUUGGAGCCAAGUUGGAUACGCAGCCCUGUGCGUGUUCAAAAAGAAAGUUACAAAAUGUCCUUCAAAAUGAGGCAGGGGAGACUGUACUUGCUGACAUGGCUCUGAAUGUCCUGUGUCUGCUGAUGAAGGACCAGUGGAGUUGGCUGUGCACUGAAAAUAUCCAGAGGAGCAUCAGACUGCUAUUUGGGACUCUCAUUGAGCGGUGGCUGGAGGUUGGAGUGGCUAAUCUGACGUGUAUGCAGUACUGGGUGACUUAUUUGCGGGUGCUGCAGCAAGCUGUGUGGCCUGGGGGAAAUCUGCCUGCUCAUCCCCGGCCUCAGCGAACCCAGCAGCAAAGAGAUGACACCAAACAGCAGUCACUGCAGUGUUUGAUGAAUUUGCUUCCUGAUCUUGUUUCGGAUUUGUUGGGCUCAGAGAAAUACAAACAUUCCUGGCAAGUUGUUCUUGAAUCUUUCCAAGAUUCUGCAAUAAACAGGCACCUGGUUUACUGUGUGUGGGAUGUGCUAUUGGAGUUCCUAAUCCCCGAGCUGUCUGAUGACAACUUUCAAAAGAUGGUGCUCCAGAGUCUUUCUAAAAACGCAGAGAAACUGCCACCAUAGGAGCUCUGCGAAACUUGACACACACAUGUUUCAACAACCACCUUGUCUUGUCAGAAUGAGUCUGGUCAGUCAUGGAGGUGCAGUCAUGGAAGUGAAUGAGGCAAAAUGGAAUAUGUGAAUGGUUUGGUCUGACUCUAAUUUAGCCCUUACGUGUCUGGGUCUCGCACACAAUAUGUGCAUCUGGCCUAGCUUUGAUUACUGGCCACCUGUUUUGUAUUUUAGCAGGCCUUGACUGAUCUCCAAAACACCCCUGGACCGGAUCUGAAUUAGUGGAGAGCUCUCUUCUCAAGCUCUUAUCCACCUUCUUCCGGCUUGAACUUUGGGCAAACCUUUUACAGAUGGACUUAUAUUAAAGUUCAUAACACCACGACAGAUUAAACUUAACUUGGCCCUGCUUUAGACUCUAUCUUUUAAAGUCACUUUAAGUUUACUUGUUGCUUAUUUCUCUUGCUCCUUGCCAUGGGCACUGCGCUGUGACACAUUUGUCUCUCAUUUGAUUAAGAUUCCAACCUCUAACUUCCUGUUGUAUCUUCCACCACUUUAUUUAGGUUGGAGGGUUUUCCAUGUGAGCUGGCAUGAGUUUUAGUGUCCUACUGAAACUGUACGUGCUCUGGGGGAUCUUUUACAACUUAAUCUUGUCAGUUCACAGAAUGGGAAAUGGUAAUUUACUACUUUUUAUUGUGGGUCUUAAAUAAAAUGUUAUACAGAAUAUCACUUAGAAUAAUACAGAGAAGAAUGCAGAGGGGUCUUCUUUCCAUUCCAGUUUCCUAUUCUAAAUAUUGUUGGAAGUUAUGUUACUGCAUUUCGGUCCUUGUAUAUAUGCUAACCCAUUUCUUUUGGAUAUAAAUACUGAAGUAUUUUCCUCACACUUGUGCACUUUGUUGAAAUCAUAAAGAAUAUUAGGCUGAUGUCUAAAACAGUAAAAGAAAUGUCUUAUCUGCCUUAACAUGUUUGUAAACCUGUUUUGUCUGUAAAGCAGUUUAAAGAUAUAAAAGGAAUGGAACAAAAGCCAUGAAAAAGUCAUUCCUUAGUGGUCAAUAUGUUUAACUUUCCCGAGUGCGCUAAUGUUUCUUGAAAAGGUUUCAUUUGUCAUGCCUACUUCUGCGUUAUGUCUCGCAUACACCCCCAACCCAGUAUAGUGAUCCUUGUGAUCCUUGUGAAAUGUUUACUGUCAUGGUCCGGUAAAUAAUCCACUGUGCUGUCCACUGUUGUGUGAAAUGUAAUGUGUAUGCUUCAAUUAAUGCACUACUUAUAAUUGUGUCAGUGGAGAAAUUGUGUUGUAAGCUAAGCUGUGAUUAAACUAAACAUUCAAAAAGAACUGACCUGAGAUAUAUUUCUGAAUAAAUAUCAUGUGCCUA